CAGUUGCUGUUCAAAAUUUCGACGAAAAAAAUCGUGUCGGAAAAAUAUUUAGCAGACGGAACUUUUCGUCGGGCUCGCGAGAAAAAGAGACACAAGAUAGCGUGUUGCGUGUGCGUGAGUGAGACAGCGCGAACAGAGCGAGAGGAACGGAAUCAUGGCGAGUGUUUUUUUAUAAUCAAAUUUCCAUAACUCUUUCCACAUUUAAUCCUAAAUGAAGCUAAAAAUUCUCUUUUAAUUUGGCAUAAAUUGUAUUUGUCUUGAAAAAAGUAUAUUAUUGUAAAUAUAUCCUCUUCGUAUAAAAUUUUACUCAGAAAUAAAUCUUAAAAUAUUGAAAUUAAAUUGAAAUUUCAAAGAGGUUACUCGAAACUCGCCCUUGAUUACCACGUUUUGUACAAACAUAGUUUGUAAGGAGCCGGAAAAGGCGGAGCGGAACCCAAAAAACAACACCCAAAUGCAAGGGCAGGCCAACUGAGUGCGAGGGAGACAGCCGACGACCAAGCCAGAGCGGGAUAGCAUGCGCCAAUGAAAACGUCCCACCAGCCGAAAGCGUCCGAUUUCGUUGACUACGCCGUUGCCGGGGGCGGGGGAUCCGGAUUCUGUCCGGGAUUAGGAGCGGGAAUAUCAUCGAGGGCGGCGUCCUUCUACGGCGAUCUAACGGUAACGGCAACUGCGGACGGGACGCGUCAACAGCAGCAGCAACACCCGCUGAGGCAACCUGCAACAUCGACCUCGUCGGCAGCAGCAACACCGCCAUCAUCGCUAACUGCAGCAGCAGCCAGCAAGCGGAAACGUCAGACAGACUGUGAUUGCGGCUGCGUGGACUCAUACAAUUCCAGCCACGGCCCGCCAGUGCAGCAGGACUCGUCAUCAGCAGCAGGGGGAGCAGGAGGAUCUGGAGGAUCGGGAGCAGAAGCAGGAUCAGGAUCGGGAUCAAACGGAACCGGGCCCAUCAGCAGCCUCAAGACGGCGCACACAAAGGUCGCCACCUCGGGGGGUCAUGCCAACACGCAGCCCCCCAGCAAGAGGUCAAGCAGUGGGGCGGAUGGCGACUACCAGCUGGUGCAGCACGAGGUGCUCUACUCCCUAUCAGCGGAAUAUGAGGUCCUGGAGUUCUUGGGGCGCGGCACCUUUGGCCAGGUGGUCAAGUGCUGGAAGCGCGGCACCUCCGAGAUCGUGGCCAUCAAGAUCCUGAAGAACCAUCCUUCGUAUGCGCGACAAGGCCAGAUCGAGGUCUCGAUCCUUUCGCGCUUGAGCCAGGAGAAUGCCGACGAGUUCAACUUUGUGCGGGCCUUUGAGUGCUUCCAGCACAAGAACCACACCUGCCUGGUCUUUGAGAUGCUGGAGCAGAACCUGUACGAUUUCCUCAAGCAGAACAAGUUCUCGCCGCUGCCCCUCAAGUACAUAAGGCCCAUUCUGGAGCAGGUAUUGACUGCCCUGUUGAAGCUGAAGCAACUGGGUCUGAUCCAUGCCGACCUGAAGCCCGAGAACAUCAUGCUGGUGGACCCAGUGCGUCAGCCCUAUCGCGUCAAGGUGAUCGACUUUGGCAGUGCCUCCCACGUGAGCAAAACGGUGUGCAACACGUACUUGCAGUCGCGGUACUAUCGUGCCCCCGAGAUCAUCCUGGGUCUGCCCUUCUGCGAGGCGAUCGACAUGUGGUCGCUGGGCUGUGUGGUGGCGGAGCUCUUCCUCGGCUGGCCGCUCUACCCGGGCAGCUCGGAGUUCGACCAAAUCCGCUACAUCUCACAGACGCAGGGACUGCCCACAGAGCACAUGCUGAACAGCGCCUCGAAGACAUCAAAGUUCUUCUACCGCGACGUGGACUCCACGUAUCCCUUCUGGCGGCUGAAGACCACCGAGGAGCACGAGGCGGAGACGAACACCAAGAGCAAGGAGGCGCGCAAGUACAUCUUCAAUUGUCUCGACGACAUUGGGCAGGUGAAUGUGCCUACCGAUCUGGAGGGAGGUCAGUUGCUGGCCGAGAAGACGGACAGGCGGGAGUUUAUCGAUCUGCUGAAGCGCAUGCUGACCAUCGAUCAGGAGCGACGACUCACUCCCGCAGAGGCGUUGAGCCACUCGUUUACGCGGCUGACCCAUCUGGUGGACUAUGUUUACUGCAACAAUGUUAAGGCCUCUGUGCAGAUGAUGGAGGUGUGUCGCCGAGGCGAUUUCCACACAGUCCAGCCCGCGUCGACCUUGGUGACCAAUUUCGUGCCCUCGAGCACGGAGAACAUGACGUUCACGAUCAACAACCAGUUGACCAGCCAGGUGCAGCGUCUGGUGCGCGAUGGCCGCCCUCUGGCCUACGAGGGACUCUAUCAGAUCUACAACGGACGCAGUGUGGCCCGGCAGUAUCCGCAGGCGCGUACGGAUAGCUUCCAGCACCAGCUGGUCUCGAACAUCCUCUGCCCGCCCUCUUACCAGACGAUGCCCAGUCCCACUAAGCAUGUGGUGGUGGGCAGUGCGACCAUGCAGCCGCCGUUGCAGGUGCCGCCGCAGCAGUACGUGAAUGUACCCGUUCCGGUUUCCAUGGUGGAGCCAACCUCUGGCCAGAGGAUGCUCCUUACGAAUCGGGUGCAGGCCAGCGGAGUUGCCUGGCCGCAGACUGGUAGACAGAUGGCACUGGUGCCCUCGUGGCCCCAGCAGGCGCCCGCCCACUCGCUCAUCGUCGACUCGACGCCUCUUUUCAAUGUGGAGGAGAUCUAUCCCAAGCACCACCUCAACUUGCCACGCAACGAUCUCAAGAAGGAGUCGCCGGCUCAUCAUAUAGCCAAGGGCAACUCUUACCGCGUGCCGCGCCACGAGAAGAAGGAGCAUCAGCAGUUGUCACCGGUGAAGAAGCGGGUGAAGGAGAGCUCGCCGCCCCACCAGCAGCGGUACCAGCGCACCGCCCACGUUUCGCCGCAGUACCACACGCACCACAACUGCAACUACGGAAAUGGCGGUGGCUACAGCGCCAGUGCGGGAUCGGUGGUGGCCUCCUCGGCUGCCUCCGCUAGCAACAUUGUGAACGGCAGCUCGUCGAGCUCGCACCACCAUCAUGUACCCGUCGCCCAUGCCCAGCCCUACAGCACAUCCUCGGGUCACCACAUUGUGAGCAACUGCAACGCAAAUGGAGGAGCCGGAGGAGCAGUGGUGUACCAACAGCCACCGGCACAUGCCCACCAGCAGCAUCCGCAUGGCCAGCAGGCGCAUCCACAGAAUCCGCAGCAUUCGCAGCACGUGAAACAGCCUACGAUCACCAUCCACGACACACCCUCGCCCACGGCUGUGAUCACGAUCUCCGACAGCGAGGACGAGGGCGGUGAGGGUGGCGGAUCCCAGGUGCCGGUGUUAAAGCAGCGGGCACAUGCCCAGUCGCAGACGAGCAACAGCCUGCUGCAGCACGCGCCCAGCUCCUCCUGUAGCCGGAGCAGUGCCCACCAGCAACCGCAUCCACAUCCCCAGCAGCAACAGCAGCAGAUCAAUUAUGGUGACCACGAUCCGGAGGACGCCCGCCGUCGUCAUCAUGCCGCCGCCGCAGCCGCCGUGGGAAGUCCCAAGCACCACCACCAGCAUCAGCAGCAACCUGCACCUCCGCCGCAGCACCAACAGCAGCAGUACCAGCCGCAGCCACCACCGCAGCAGGUGUUGCCCCCACAGCCGCAGCCCACCAUUAAGUACGAGCCCGGGCAGUCGCAGAAGAAGCGCAUCCUGGCCAUGGCCCAGAGCGAGUGUGGCUACCAGCCGCAGGUGCCCAGCCAGCCGUCGUCCUCCGCAAGCUUGCCGCACAUUCCCACCAAGCAGGAGCCGGCCGAGUUCUAUCCGGAGUAUUCAGGUGCUCCGCCCCAGCAGUUGGACACGAAACGCUCCUCCUGGGCACCCACUUCUUCGGGAGGAGGAGUCGCCGUUCUGCCGCUGGCCCAUCCAAAGCGAGAGGCCCCCUCGGUGGCGCCAAUCAGCUAUGUGGCCCCAUCGGUGGCUCCACCUCUGGCCCACUCCAAGAGCAGCUCCACCUCCUCAUCCUCGUCGAUCAGCGCGGCGGCUGCAGCAGCGGCUGCUGCAGCUGCAGCUGCGGCGGCCAGCGUGGGUCCUCCAUCGUGGGGUCCUCCCCAGGUCUACCGCCAGCCGUCGCAGCCGCCUCCGGGCAGCGUGGGAUUACCAGGAUCGACGCAGCCACCGCCGUCGACGGUGGCCCCGCAUCCACAUCACCACAGUCAUGGUCAUCAUCAUCACCAAGCCGGAACACCGCUGGGCGGAUCGCCAUCCUCGACGGCGGCGGCCGCUUUGUUGCAGCCGGAUAUUUAUGCGCAGGGCGACAUUUACCGCAGGCCCACGGUGUUUGUGUCGCAGGCGGCGCCCAGUUACGCCUACGCCAAUCGGGCAGUGGUGGCCCCACCUCCGGCCCACAACAGCUCCAGUCGUCAGGUGAUACCAUCGCACCCGCUGCCGGCUCACAUCCAGAUACCCACCCAAUACAGCCAAUUUGGACCGCUCAGUCCUGCCCAGGUAGCCGCCAGCAAACACGCGGCGCACUUCGCGCCCACCAACAUAUGGUAUGGGGCUGAGUAGGCCGACGAAGGGAGUUGACGGGGAAAGGGGCAAUGAGGAGAGACGCGGGACGAGGAUGUGCAUCCACCCAGAACCAACAACCAAGAACCACCCAACCACACACCGCACACCAUCACCAACCACCACUGUUGUUAUGAUCUUGAGCUAGAGCCCGAUCGAAUGAUUCAACGCUCGAAUCUUUUGUGGCCUCGGGCGAGGCAGUUGACCAUCCGGAGCAGAGCCAAGAGUUGCAGCAACAGCAACAGCAAUUGCAGCUGUCCCAAUGCUGGUGGUUCAUGCUGCUCAUGCAGCAGACCAUCAUUCACAACAACACCAUGCUGCAGGCGGGCAACGACGAUCCCGCCGCCGCAGCAGCAGAAGCAGCAGCAACAUCCUCAGACACAGGAGCAAUACGUAAAGCACGCCGGCAACAUUAGGCCAAAUCAAAAUCCAAGUCCAAGUCCCCAACCUCGUCGCCAGUUCUCAGUUAGUUAUUUUCGAGAUCCCGCAGGACCUCAUUUCUGCUACUAUUAAUUUUUAUUAUUUUUUUAAAUAAUAUUAAAUAUAAAUGUAAAGCACUCCUACACGCAGCUGGGUGUACAGUGCUCAGGCUAACUUUUUGCUAGUUGUGGUACUUAGCACAACGCCACACCCACACCCACACACACCACAGCUAUAGCUUCUAUAUCCUCGAAAUAUGCAAACUAUUGGCAUAUCGGGAGAUGUUUUUCUUCGAAACGAAAGCGUUUUAUUAUUGUGUGUUGUGUGUAUUUUAUUGAUAACUUCCACAUAAUAUUCUCUAUAAUCCACUUAUAUAUUAUAUACAUGCAUAUGUAACACUAUUAUUAUGAAUACUAUAUAUCAACCAGAACAUGCAACAUUAGGCCAGCGAGCCAUUAAGAGAAAGCUUCGAAAUUCCCUAGCAAGUACCUCAGAAAAUCGAAAACGAAAACUUAACAGCAGCAGCAGCAGCAACAGCAACAGCAACUAGAAAAACAAAUAAACAACAUUGUUAUGCAAUUUGCCUUUUACACAAACAAGCAACAAAACAAAUUGAAAUGACGUUGGACGAUGUAGAUUAUGAUUAUGAUUAUGAUGCAGAAGUAGAGUUAGACGAGGUUAAUAGAGAACCACAACAAAUUGAAUACCGCAAAAACCUUACUAGCAAACAAAAAGCAAAUAAAAUAGAUAACCCUAGGAGAUAUCAACAAAGAGAACAUAACAAUUACAUAGCUCAUAGAUAUAGUGGAUAGAUCGGGAGAAGGAGGAUCAAAUGGCGAACGUUUUUUACACACUCGUAACUCACUCAUAGGAAUAGCCGCGAAAAGAAUUACAAAUACGAUUAACAAUUAACAGAUAACAAUUCUAAAUUAUGUUUAACGAGCAACAACAAAUAAUUAUAGGAACCAGUGUACAUAAUACGCAUAUAUAUGUAUCGAUACUACAAAUAGCCGGAGCCCAACUAAAAGCCGAUUUUAAAACUGACUACUGAUCAGCGCAAGUUAUUGAUAUAAUUUUUAGAUUUCACAUUUCGUUUUUAACCCGUCUGUGUCCCAAACAAGAUCUGCGUUUUAGUUAUUCUUUCGACUAGGAAAGCGCAUGAGAAAGUUUACUAAAGUACAAAACCAAACAAAAAGAAGAAGCAAUCUAGCAGUUUAGGCUUUUAGAGUUUCCCCCUCACUACAACAACCCCUCGUUUUAGGCUUUUUCCCCGAGAGAAAACUGUAAUAUAUAGAAUGCAAUUUUGAUAUGUACAAACCUGGCUUACUUUAAAACGCCCACUAUAAAUCCUAUAUAUAAAGUAUAAACUAAAUCUUGUUAAAUAGGUUUCCUAAAGUAUUUCGUAGUUAGAAUUAAACUUAACUUGUCGCGUAUAAAAUAACCGAGCAGCAACUAAUUUUUCAUUCUCUCGCGGCCGAUUCCUCAGUGGUCUCAAGUGAGAAAAUGGGGAAUUGGCCCUUGGAGGAUGGCACUUCCUAUAUAAGCAUGGAGUAAGGAACGUAUAGGGAGACCAUAUGCUCUGCCCGAACCUAAAAUGGGGAGGCUGAGUAAAUGGUGUCUCCAUAUGGAUGCUUACACCAUGAUAAAGAAAUACAUACUGAUACAAAACAGAAAUUAAUUUAACCAUCCUCGGCCCCUUCCUAGUUCAGCUGUGUACAGUAGGCGACUUCGGGAUCGGGAUGAAUUAACUCCGACGAAAGGGAUAUAUAUCUAGCAUAUAAUUAUUGUGAUGUAGUUUUUAACAAGCGAGAAGCAGAGAUAAAUGCGCGAACGUUUUUUGUCAGUCGUCGUCAUCGGCGAAUAGAAAUUACCUAAAAUUAUAAUUAACCAUUUGCGAUACGGAUACGGAAUAUGCAUCUAUAUGUUAACUAAUUAGUGUGCAGGAUUCAAAUAGCGUUAGCACGACAACAAACCGUUUUUUUAACCAAGUAAAUAACUUUUUAACAACCGAAAAAUAACAAUUUUUGUAGUAGGAAAAGGAUGAAGCAAGUAGCAUUCAUAGGCGUAUUUAAGAAACGUUAGUGUUGUGAAUAUAUACGAGUAAAUACAAACAGAACAUAUAGUGAACUAGAUCUAGACGUGGUUCGAGUACAUUUAUAUUAUGGAUAUAUUUUGUGUAUAAACAAUAACGGCAACCAGCAGCUAACAAUUGUAAUUGUAAUAAACAAUAAACGAAAAGAAAAAAAAGAAACAACAGCUCGGCAGAUUUAAGAUACUUGUUUAAAGUCGAGAGAAACUUAUCUAGAUAAUAGACAUAGAUGUAUUCAACAAGUUCUUUUUUUAUAGAAAUUUUAUGGACCAUUCAACUAAAGUAUAUAGUCAAAUAGGCAUGGAUAUUGAAUAAAAAACAGCUGUGUGAACGUUUAGCAUGUCAGCGGAAAGUUGCGAUCUGUGUUUCCGAUUUGUGUUUCUUGUCCUGCACUCACUCAGUGUGCAAACUUAUAUUAUAAACGUAUAUGCUAAAUAUCUGCGAGGGCAGACGAACUUUUCUUCACUUUCUACUCAAUGUUUAGGAGCAUCAAAAAGAAAGCAAAAACGGGAAAAACAAGAAAACAAAUCAAGAACGCUUUAAAUGUAACAAAAACGAAACGUUAAUAGACUUAUGAAAACAACAAACAAACAAAUUAAAUUUAUAUUAAACGACAAAUUAAAUUUAUAUUAACAAACAACAAAUUACAUUUAUAUUUAAAGAGAAAACAAACAAAUUAAACUUAUAUUAAACAAACUCACACUCAACAAGCAGGCAGCUGGGCCUCGGUCGUUCGCAGACUUUUGUGGCCCACUGUUGGAGGAUUUGUAAUUAAGAGGGAUUCUGAGGUGGUGAAAAACGGAGAGAUCCACACAAAAACUCUAAUAUACGUAUAUAUUUAAAUGAGAAAUGUUUUAACUGUGUAGCCUUAAUAUUUGUACUCGUCGUCCUCUCGAUUUCCGACAAAAAUAUGAUGAUAUACGAUACUAUAAAGCGUUAAUUGCUAAUCGGUGUUUACUACAAUAUUUCAUAUGUACUUGUUUAAUCAUAUUGAGGAUGAAUUGCCUUUACUUUACUAUUUUAACCAUUUAAAUUUACUUUUAAUUUACUUUGUUUCUUUGCUUAACUUUGUUUAAUAAUGGAACAUAGCCACAACAUAUACCAUAUAUAUUGCUUACUAUUACCAGAAUUAUAUAUGCUUAUAUUUACUUAUGUCCUACAAAAUACAAAAAUCGUAAAUAUAUAUAAACAGA